UCUAGAAAUUAGUUGUGCGAUUUCAAUGGAAGACCUUUGUUGAAUAAAAUCAAUCUUUUGUUUCAAUCAAACGCGAGUUACAGUCUAAACAGUGAAUAUUUAAUCAUAAAAGACUUUCUCGUCCUUGUUUGAACACGUUUUCUAGUUUGAGCUUGUUUUAAGAUCCAGCUCGCUCGUUGUGUGUGAAUAAUCUGACCCGAUCUUCCGCAGUCGCAGUAGUUAACUUUGUUGACGAAAUGAAAUGUCUUUUUAAUCAGUCGCGAUUGUGAAGAAUUGUUCUUAAUUUUAUUCCUCAGUGAAAAGUGACAAUGCAAACAUAUCGAUUCAAAAGAUAGAGGUGCAGGACAAUGUAUAUUUUUAUUAUUGAGCAACUCGUGUGAAUUUGUGUGUGGUGGUAUUUCUCCAAACGGAUUGCAUUAAAUCUAAAAAAACCAAGAUGGCGGUAAAGAAGCACGAGCUGGUGCAUGACAACCGCAAUCAGCUGGACCUGACUGCGCUGGUGCAGUACAUCCAAAUGCAACCAAAUUACUUGCCGCCACCCAGUGACCUCAUCAAGAAUUGCCAAGACAUCGUGAAAUGCCUUGCCCGCGUCCGCGGCAGUGAGGAGCAGUUGUGGGAGCACCUGCAGUGUGUGGAGGAAUACCUCCUUCGCGUCGUGAACUCCGUUCACAGCACCAUCCGCCAUGACAUCAUCACUGCUGUCCUCGCCAAGUUUUACUCGUUCAUCUCUGAUCCGCAGUCGGACGCCUGUCCGUCCAUGUCCGUGGUGCUGGUCGUGCUGGAUAGCUCGGACUCCGAUGCCACCCUGGCGGCCGCUCGCUGGUUGGUCCAGCAGGUGGACAAUGGGCCCGCGGUAGCUGGUCUCCGCGCCUCCCUGUCUUGCCUGUACCGCUGGAUGUACGAGUGGCACGGCACCCCCGCCCUCGGGGAUUGGGUCCAUGCCUACAUCAAGGCUCUCGAGGAGAACGAACGUUUCGAUAUCCUUAUCGAAGUGUCGGUAGACAAUAUGAGCCGGCUGUUUUUGGCCCUGGAUGCCCCGAUCGGCCUUCGUCAAUCUGUCGCCGACGUCAUCUUCCAUGUCAUGGCGGCGCUGCUGGAGUCCACCGAUGCGCUGGAUAGAAUCGCGCCACACGUAGGCCGCGUGCUGGUGAACCUCGCCGCCGACAGCGGCCAAUGGAGCCGCCAGCUCUUGCAAAACGUUGUCGAUAUCAUCUCGGCCAUGAUCCAGCGCUUGCAAGAAGGGUUGAAACCUGAAGGCCUGGAUGCGUUCAAGGAGAAAUAUUCUGGUGUGAUACUAUGCCUUGAGCGUCACAUGGCAUCGUGUGGCAACCGUUACCUGCAAGUAUACCCGUGGCGCGCGCGCAACGUGUGCCUGACCUCCAUGAAGUCCCACGUUCCGAUCCGCAAGGUCGGCCUGCUGAACCUGGGCAACACCUGCUACAUGAACAGCGUGAUGCAAGCGCUCCUGGUCACCAGGCACGCUUCUGGUCACCAGGCACGACCUGCAACUGUGCCGAUCCGUAAGGUUGGCCUGCUGAACCUGGGCAACACCUGCUACAUGAACAGCGUGAUGCAAGCGCUCCUGGUCACCAGGCAAUUCAGCACUCACGUUGUGCUGAAGAUGACCGGCGUACCUUACUGGUCGAAGAUGGGGAUGUUGUUUGCGAAGAUGAUGCAUUCCGUCGCCAACAAGAUCAACCCAGAUGAGUUCUUCAAGGUGGUCAAGCCCCCAUUCUUCACCAGGAACCAUCAGCAUGACAGCUCCGAGUUCCUCGGAUAUCUGUUUGAGCUGCUGCGCUCGUACGAGCACUGCUCGGACGUCAACUUCGACUACUCUCGCCCCGCGGUUCUGGCCGGGUCCAGCCGAAUGCGCGCGAUUGCUCACGCGCAAGCUGCCCAGUCUUCCAGUGAUGAUCAUGGCGACGCCAACGCCAAUAGGCGAUCCGCAUCGCCGCGCCCGGGGAGCAGCGCCGCCGGAUCAAGCUCCAACAAAAGAUCUCAAAGCGACGAGGUCCUGGUGCCUCCGAAGAAGCGCUGCUACCGCGUGCGUAGCGAUCCCGAGCCUUUCUUGCGUCGCGACUCUUUCGUCGAUGGCAUGUUCGGAGGCGUGCUUCUGACGCGUGUCGAAUGCACUGAAUGCCACUCGUCGUCUCUUUCGCGCGACGUGUUCCGCGAUCUCCAACUCGCGUUCCCCGACAAGCCAGAAGGGUGGCAGCACAGCGUGCAGAACCUUCUCGAUUUCUACUGCUCCAAGGAGCGGCUCACCGGCGAGAACCGGUACAUGUGCCGCGACUGCGGCGGCCUCCGCGACGCCGAGAGGAGCGUGCUGAUUGAAACCACGCCCAAAUAUCUGAUUCUCGUCCUGAAGAACUUCAAGUUCGACGCGAAGCUGCAGGUGCAGACCAAGCUGAUGCACACGAUGUUCCACAACCACACGGUGGCGCUGCCGACCGUGCGCACGCAGGCCGACCACGCCGGGUACGUGCUCUACGCCGCCGUCAUCCACGCCGGCACCACGCUCGACUCCGGCCACUACUACACCCUCGCUAAAGACAAGGAGCAGUGGCAUCUGUACAACGAUGACGUCGUCUCGCACUCCGAGGAGAGAGAGCUGAGCAACUCCAACCGCUCCAAGACCCCCUACAUCCUGUUCUACCGCCGCAACGACGUCGAGGAAGGCACCGCCCCCUCCAUGGAGGAACUCCCCCCCAAGUACCAGGAGGCCGUCAUGUCAUACAACAAGUCCUACGUCGAGACGAUCCGCAAGGUGCGCCUGGGGCGCCAAUGACAAUUAAGGUCCGACCGAUUCCUAGACUUCACGGUUUUGGACUACGUCAAGCCCGAGAUGGAAUAAGUCGAACCCGUUCUUAUUUCAAAAAGUGACACGCACGUCAACGUAUUUAUCAAUGAUAUUAUUGUCGUAUUUAUAAUCGAGAGCGAAGCUACUGAUCCGGAAUGAUUUCAUGAGUGAAGGUUUAAGAAGCUGGUUAGAAUAUUAUAUCUCAUUGAUGUUUUAGAUUAUAAUCAAUAGGCAGUGUACCUUCGUUUAAAAUAUGUAAUACUUCUUUUUCGAUGUUUCGAUGGUUGUCAUAUUUUAUGGAGACUUAAAUAUUUUAAGCCAUUUAACACAUUGAUAUUUAGCACUGAAAUGUGUCGUAGCUAGUUGUUCUAAGAUUGAAGUAUUUAACAAGUAUAUCCAUAUAGUAGAGAAUAAAUGUUUACUUCGAUGUAUUAAUAAUAAUACCUUAUAAUAAUCAAUUAUAUUUAAACAUUCGUGUCACUUUUUGAAUAAAAAUCGUCUUAUACGUGGUACCUUUGAUAUAAAUGUUUUUAACAUCAUAUGAAUUUUCUUUAUAAUAUUAUGAACUAUUUUGACUCGCAAUUGAGUUAAAUAUAGUUAACUUAUCUCAGUGAGUGGCAAUAUGAUUAUAUUUACUUGUUGAUUUUUACCUAAUUUAGCGAGGUCCCAUACCCUGGCGUUAUGAGAUCUUGUACUUUAAUUAAGUUUAUGCAAUUUAAUUAUUAUUAUUUUAUUUCAAAAAACCUUAUUUCUUUUUUGCAGAAAUGGAUUGUAAAUAUAUAGGUAUGUAUACUUUAUAUUGUGACAAACCCUUAAAGUAAACUUAUUUAAUAAAUAUACUUUAUAUCUAUGCGGCAACAAUAAUGAAUACGUACAUUAAAAACUACAACAUAUUCCCUAAAUCAUGAAUAUAAAACCUCAAAAUGAUAUAUUGUACGAUGUAUGGAAUGGGAUUCGAUUUACUUUUAUCCCUCAUAUUAUUCCUACGUCUAUUACGUGAGCCAUAGUAGAUCUAUCUAAACUGUGUUACUUGAUGUCUUCUCUAACAACUGAUGUGACCUUCCAGGUGUCAAAGCCAGAAAUAUAUCCCAGAUAAUCUAAAUAUUCCGAUUUUAUAGAGGUAAUCACUUAUUUAUAAAAAAAAGCCUAUCACACGCAGUAGUAAAAUAACGUUCUCUGACUGUCCUUUUUUAUGUAAAUAUAAAUGACCGUUGCUCCUCGAGUUUAAAUUUUCCUUGUUUUAGGGCUGAUUUUUCAAUCGUCGGAUAAACUAACUGAAGAUAAUGAAAUAAUUAUGUCAAAAUGACAAGCUUAUUUUUCAGUUAACUGACGAUUGAAAAAUCAGCCCUUAUUCAUAUAUUUUUCCACAUUAGAUAAUAUAAAUUGCGACCUCGUGGAAAGUCAUCCAAAACUUCGAACUUUUCUCGACUGUUUCAAAGAAAAGUACGCAUGGGUCGACAGUUACAAUGCCGUAAUAAAUAUUUUUGUUUAUACAGAUUUUAAUUUUAAACAAAUAUAGAGUUCUUUAUUAUUAUUAUACUUUGUUCAUUUUGUGUAAAUAAACUGAGAUCUCGUAGAGAUCUUUUCACUGUAAUUAAUUAGUGCAUCGGUUGUUAUUUCUGUGCCACACGAAAGUUGUCCGUCGAGACGAGGGCGAGCCUUUUGUACUGCUCAGUAGUCAGUCCGCCGGAUACUUUUAUGUGCACGCAGAAAUGCAAAAAAAGUGCUAAACAGAUUACCUAACACCCUGUAUAGCGAUAAAGUGUACAUUUUAUUAUUAUUUAGAAAUAAGACUGCAACAUUCAACUGCGGGUGGUUUCUACCUUUUUGAAAUUUCAUAUUAAUAGUAACUUACACAUCAAAUAAUAAAAUUCUCCCUUGAUAUUUUUAUAUUUAAAUGAUACAUUAUGUAAGAUCUUCCAUGUCGUUUAGGCGUUUAGGAUCGGGCAAUCUCCUUAAUUAUUUUUAUUAUUAAUAUACAUACAUACUUCGUAUAUUUUCCGCCCGCGUUGUGAUUUUUCCAUGUAAAAUUGUUGAUGAAUUCAAGGUUUAGAUUACGGGAUUCUGUAGGUAACCGCAUGCAACCACCGAUAGUAAGACAUUUUAUCUUUUGAUUACCUUAAAACUAUUUUUAUUUAAUUUUAUAGUAAAAAAUCCGCUGUCGUGAUCUUAGUUCUAUUCUUUCCUACUUUCACACCUGACUUAUAUCUUUAAUCAAUUUGAGUACCGUUAAUUAAUUUUAUUUUAUAAAAAUUUUAACAUAACCCUGUUUUCGAUCAAAUGAAAUUAAUCUGGUCAAGAGUCCAUUCUUGCCAUUAUUUGACUAAACUUCAUGCUAAAAUAUACCAAAGUGUAGUUUAAAUAAACCAAUUUUUAAUUAAAAUGUGAAAUGGCUCUCACAUUGUUUUAAAAUUUACCCAGACUGUGCUACAGGCUGCGACAAAACCUACUCAACAACUCGACGCGCGUUCUAUUGUUUAGUUCGCGUAACAACUAGAAUUAGCCAACGCGUGUUUUAAUUAAGACCAAAUCUUUAAGUGGCUGAAAUAUGCUUCUAGAUCCAGUUAGCGUAUCAUUAUAAUACAAACAGACGAUAAUGAAAUUUGAAGUUAUUAAAGGUUUUUAUUAUUAUGACCAAUUUAGAGUGAACAAAUAUAGGUAUUCGGGAUUACCUUUGCAGGAGGCUGAUUAGUUGCUUACAGGCACAGAACUUAGCGCGCUGUCUAUGGCUUGUCGUAUCUUCCCAAAGUGAUUUAUUUUAAAAGACUUAAUUUCACUCUCUCGUAAUCUUAUUGCCCAUGGAAUUGCCCAGCUUCAAAUCUGUUAUGUUAAACACCAAACAGAUUUUGAAAUCUUCUCAUAAUUUCAUAUUAAUUGUAAUGAUAUGAAUGAAAUAUAUUUACUAUGUUUAUAUGUACGUUAUACAAUUGUUUCGCGUUAUGUCUUUUGUGUAAAUAUUCUAAACUCUAAAGCAUUUAAUGUUAAGAUCUAGGUAUUCAGUCAUGUUAACAUUAGAAUAAGUAGGAAUAUCUCACUCGGGGCCUAUUUCCUGCCCCUUUACUGACAUAUUGUAACACUUUCAUUUAUAAAUUAGAUGAUCAGAGAUUGUAAAUCGGUUUUUGGUUUAAUAAAAGAAAUAAAGAUUUGAAAAUCAAA